AUGAAUGCAGAAAAGAUUAACAUCGACUCGAGAAACGGCCUACCUUUAUACCUUCCACUUUCGUCGCACAACGGCACAAGAAUCCUCUAUGACUACACUCCUUCCUCAAGAAAACGUUGUGGCUAUUCCAUCAUUUUGCUUUCAUUGCUCCAAUCGCAUACGCCAAUUCUUCUACAUUUUGCAAAUAUCCCCGGCAAAUUAACCUCGCUUCCUAACUCGGACAGGUUGUCUUACCAUUGCCCACAUACUGCCUAUUUGACGUUGCUUUACAUAUUGGACUAUAUUGUUCGCUUGCACGCACUUUUCCUAUUUCAAUAUUUCUCAUCUUCUCGACUUCUCGAUCCAGCCUUGGAGAUGUACGUCGAGACAUUGGCGGAGCUUGCCAUUGCGCGGCCGACCAGUCAUUGUGGCUUAGUCGCAGAAGCGUUGGAAGGUCUUACGAGUCUGUGCAAGACUCUAGCGGUGGGUCGGAUGGGUUGCUCGUUUAGGAAGGAAGUAGGUGGCCUGCAAUAUAUGGAAUUGACACUGCGUUCCUGCGUGGCUUUGUAUAGCCAGGCGGUAGGAGCUACGGCAUCAUAUUCCAAAUCCACGUGUGAAGGAUGGAAGUUAGAAUUGGUCAUGUUUGUCUCGUUUUCCCCGAUCAUGAGACGGCAGAACUACACCCUCUUUCUCAUCCGAAAUGAAUCACGGUUCCAUAACACAGCCAUGAAUUGA